GGCCUUCUUUUGUUUACUCGGAAUUUGGAAACCCUUAAACCUUUUUUCACAGACGUGGACACAUGACUAUACCACCAAAUCACCACGUUUUCAAACAAACAAUUUUUUUUUUCUUCUCUGGAAAAUCUGAAAGCUGUCACUUUCCCAUCAUUAAAUAGGAGAAUUUGGGAAACUUUGCAGGGGAGGAAAAAAAAAAAAAAAAAAAAAAGGGACAAGAAAAUGGCCGUAGAAAACGAGUAAGAGAAAAAAAAGAAGAGGAGAGAGAAUUUCUGAUCCCCCAUUUCACUUUUUCGUUUUCUGUCUGCAUUUGGCGGAAUCUACAAUCUUGAAGCUAAGUAAACAGCAAAUUAGAGAGUGUCUUGGAGAGUACCCAUCUGGGUCUUUGUCAUUUUUUAUCCACUGGGUUUCUGAGUUUUUGGAGAAAGAAUAAAGCUAAAAAAAAAAAAAAAAAAAAAAAAGAGUGAGAGGCAGAGCAGAGUAUAUCUGAAGAGAAAGAAAGAAAGAAAGGAUGGGCGUUUUGCAUGAGGAUUUGGUUCUCAUUAGCCAAGCAGAAAAACCAGGAGAUCCCACUGUGAUUACUGUGAAUUGCCCUGACAAAACUGGUCUGGGUUGUGAUUUGUGCAGGAUUAUAUUGCGGUUUGGGUUGAGCAUUUGCAGAGCAGAUUUUUCGACGGAUGGGAAAUGGUGCUACGUCGUUUUUGGGGUAGUGGGUAAACCAAACACAAGAUGGAGCUUAUUGAAGAAUAGGCUGUUGGAAGUAUGUCCAUCUUAUUUUUCCACAUCAGGAAUAUCUUAUUAUCGGCUGGAAAACCAGCAGCCAAAGCCAUCAGAUGUGUUCCUUUUGAAAUUCUGGUGCUCUAAUGAUCGGGAAGGCUUAUUGCAUGAUGUCACCGAGGUUCUUUGUGAGUUAGAGCUAACAAUAAAAAGAGUGAAGAUAUCUACUGCCCCUGAUGGGAGAGUGAUGGACCUUUUUUUUGUUACAGAUACCAGAGAACUUCUUCAUACCAAGGCAAGAAAGGAUGAAACCAUCCAUUGUCUAAAAGCUGUUUUAGGAGAUGUCAUGAUAAGUUGUGAAAUUGAUAUCGCUGGUCCAGAAGUCACCACAUGCUCACAGGGUUCUCCAUAUCUUCCAUCUGCAAUCAGUGAAGAAAUGUUCAGUUUAGAGCUCUCCAAUAGACACCUAAGUGGUUUCACCUCUAACCCAAUUUCAGUUGCAGUGGACAAUACAUUCAGCCCAUCUCAUACACUAGUUAAAAUGCAAUGUCAGGAUCACAAAGGUCUCAUCUAUGAUAUAAUGAGAACCUUGAAGGAUUACAAUAUCCAGAUUUCAUAUGGACGGUUCUUUGCAAAUACAAAAAGAAACUGUGAGAUGGAUUUGUUUAUAAUGCAAUCUGACAGCAAGAAAAUUGUUGAUCCCAACAAGCAAGAUGCAUUAUGCUCUCGCCUAAGAAUGGAGCUUUUGCGUCCUCUUAGAGUAGCUGUGGUAAGUCGUGGUCCUGAUACUGAGCUGCUGGUAGCUAACCCUGUGGAGUUGUCAGGCAGGGGUCGUCCUCUUGUUUUCUAUGAUAUUACUCUUGCCCUCAAAGUUCUCGACACUCGAAUCUUUUCGGUUGAGAUAGCUAGACACAUGAUCCAAGAUCGUGAAUGGGAGGUUUAUCGAAUCUUACUCGAUGAAGGGGUUGGUUUUUCUGUGCCGAGGAAUAAAAUUGAAGAAUAUGUAAGAAACACACUGAUGGGUUGGGACUCGAAGUAAAUAAAUUUGGUCACUACUUCCAUUACUGUACAGCCUCAUUUCUUAACCUACCUUUUGCGGUCGACCGCAACUAUAUGCUAACUGCUUAUGUUACAAAACAUCAAAUGUUUUAUGCAAAUGGCUAAGCUGUUUUGUAACCUCAAUCUUCUUAUAUGUCACCAACACGAUACAAACUUGGCAGUUCCUGCUCUUGCUUAAUUAGAUAUAAAAUAGUUCAGCUUUUUGUUAUA